AUGGAAGGUACAAUCAAAGAGCAAAUCAUUCGUAAACCAGGAAGGGAGUCAAGUUCGCCAUCAUGUAUUUCUCUGGACACCGUUUUUACAAGAAUUCUUGGUCAUCUUGGUGAUAGAUCACUUUCUAGAUCCCAGCUCCAAUGUGACCCCAUUCCAACUAAUGGAAACCAGUAUGAGACACCUAAAGGUCAAGCGUUAUGUUCUCCCAAGUCUUCGGCUUCCGUUAAGCGGAAAAUCCAGGAAAGCUGGAGUAGCAUGCAUCAACAAGAGAGUCCACUAAUUCCCAGAAGCUUGGAUUACACUCCGACUCCUACCAGGAUUAGAAAAGAGACAGAAAAAGGUCCUAAAACGAGAGACCCUGGUAAAAAACGGAGAACGGAUAAAAUUGCAAAUGGCGUAGACAAUGUUUUGCAAGAUAUCACAAACUUGAAUUAUACAACACUCUCAUCUUCUAUCGUCAAUGGAGUCCCAAUGGAGACGCGCAUUCAUGAUAUAUUUGUGGAAGAAGAAAAUACAAACCAGCAAGAUGUCUCAUAUCCUGUAGAAGAAUACGACGAAGGAGAUAUCCGACAUAUCCUUGAAUGUAGUAGUGGAGAAUCUACUGAUGACGAACAUAAUCCUAACUUUAUCACAAGUAACGAACCGGUUCACCAUCAUCGUCCAAAUGGUCCCCUUACAGUGGAGAAUGAUAAUUUGGAAGCAGUUUCAACCAUAACAAAUUCUAGGAGAAAGAGCGUGGGGAGGAAUACUAGAUCAAACUUGCCCAUCUAUAAGAAGAGGAAGAAAGCGAAUACAGAGGAGAAAGAUAAAAUUGUAUACAACGACGAGGGUGAUAUGACCUACAAAUGUCAGUAUUGUAAUGCCAAAUUUUGGUAUGGAGAACGCCUUAACAGAAAACGUAGAACAAAGAAUCCUACAUUUUCUUUGUGUUGUUCCCAGGGUCAGGUUAAACUCCCUCCACUAAAGGAGCCUCCGGAAGCAAUUAAGAAACUUAUUUAUGGUUCUGAUCCUCUUAGUAGACAUUUUCAAAAAAACAUGAGGCCUUACAACAUGAGUUUCUCUCUGACUUCACUCGGUGGAAAAGUUGACCGUUCGGUGAAAAAGGGAAAGGGGCCACAGAUGUUCCAGCUUCAUGGGGAAAACUAUCACCUAAUAGGGAGCAUGGUCCCGGAACCUGGUCAAGAUCCAAAAUUUUAUCAGAUGUAUAUUGUGGACAUGGAAAAUGAGUUGGAGAACAGGCUCACCUUCCUAAGCAAGGCGAAAAAUGCCGGAGCCACAACGAAGCAGAACAAACUGAGGACAGAAAUCAUUGCAUCAAUCACUAAUGCCCUCGACGAAGUCAACCCUUACAUAAAAAGUUUUAGGACUGCAAGAGAAAGGUUUAGUAUGAAUCCCGAUGAAAGAUUCCACAUGAGGAUAGUAAGUGAUCGAAAAUCGGAUGGACGAGUUUAUAACACUCCAACAUCGUCUGAGGUUGCUGCUAUUAUUCCAGGAGAUUUCAAUAUGCAGAUGGAAAAAAAUCGCGAUAUUAUUCUCCACGAAAGAAGUUCUGGAAAACUCAAGCGUAUAAGCGAGAUUCAUCCUAGCUAUAUUCCAAUGAAAUAUCCAAUACCUUUUGCACAUGGAGAAGAUGGUUUUAGGCUUGGAAUCAAGAAAGCUGAUUCUGAAGCGUCAAAGAAGACCAAAAAAGAGAACAUCAGUAUGAGGCAAUUUCAUGCAUAUCGUCUAAUGCAAAGAGACAACGAGUCAAAUCAUCUUCUUCAUUGUAGAAGAUUGUUUCAGCAGUAUCUUGUGGAUAUCUACACAAUGAUUGAGUCAAACAGAUUAUCUUACUUGAAAAUGAAUCAGACGAGUUUAAGAUCCGACUCCUACGACUCUAUCAAGCAGUCUGAAGAUAAAGGAGUUGUUGACAUGGACGAAGUAGGUAAUAAGUUCUACCUACCAGCGACUUUCACAGGAGGACCGCGCUAUAUGAGGGAGUUGUAUUUCGAUGCAAUGGCCAUAUGCAGACAUUUUGGAUUUCCAGAUCUUUUCAUUACAUUUACAUGCAAUCCUAAGUGGCCAGAACUCACAAGGGAGCUUGAGGGAACUUCUCUUGGUCCAACUGAUAGACCAGAACUUAUUGCAAGGAUUUACGAAGCCAAACUUACGAGCUUGAUGAGCGACCUAAUUGACAAUAAACUCCUUGGGUAA